AUGAAGCUCAAGCAGCUCGUUGGCGAGCUGCAAGGCGUGCAGACGUGGCGUCACCCAAAGUCGGAGCUCGAGCAGUAUCCGACGCCGCCGGACAUUGCGGCGCACAUGCUGCUCGCGGCGGACGCGGAGGACGGGCUGGAGGACGCUCUGGUGGCGGACCUCGGCUGCGGAGGCGGCGUUCUCGGCAUCGGCGCCGCGCUCCUGGGCGCCGCGCACGUCCUCGCCGUCGACCUCGACCCGGCAGCGCUCGAGGUGGCGGCGGAGAAUGUGGAGGAGUUUGAGGUGCCCGUCUCGCUGCUGGGCUGCGACGUGGGCGCGCCGAGCGGUGUCGCUGACGCCGAAGGAGGCGCCGACGCUGGGGCUGCGGGCGGCGCGUUUGACAUUGUGCUGAUGAACCCUCCGUUUGGGACGCGAAACGAGUCGCACGGCGCGGACGUGGCGUUUCUGCAGGCGGGGCUGCGGCUCUGCCGGCCCGGCGGCGCGGUCUACUCGCUGCACAAGACCUCCACCCGCCCGUUCAUCGCGAAAAAGGCGGCCGAGGCCGGCGGCGAGGCCUCGGUGGUGGCGGAGCUGCGGUUCGAGAUCCCCAGAAUGUACAAGCACCACCGGCAGCCGAGCAAGGACGUGGCGGUCGACUUUUGGAGAGUGCAGAGAGGGGGCGGGGGCGAGGAGGCGGAGGGGGAGGAGGAGGUGCCGUCGUGA